AUGACAAGAAGAGAUACACCGAAAGACGGGAAGGCUGGAAAUGCCCUCAGAAGAUUCGGAGCGAAACUCUUGUUAACCAAGCGCCCGGUUGUUAAGACAGCCAGAGUGGCUGCUACAUCCAGCGCGGGGAUACAGAGCUCGAGCAGUGCUCCCUCUUCCCAGCACUUGACCGGUACAUCAAGGGCUGCCGCGGAGGCUUCGAAUUUUCUGGAAACAGUUCUCGCAACUGCCGACCCAAUGACCUUCACACAAGAAUGCAUCUCGGAUGAAUACCGUAUCAAGCUUGAAAAGCUACCAAUUCACAAAGUCGAGAAAACGGACAACGCGGAACCAUUUCAAACGACUGACGACACAUGGCGACUUAUUGAACUAGCAGCCGAGAAGUCAGUUAAUGCUUACUUUGAAUCACCCGAAUUGCCUCCCGACUCCCCGGUCUUUGAGCUGACGCCCAGGGGAGACUCAAAGAGAAUUCUCGGGACUGUAGUGGACUCUGUGCUAGUUGUGGCAGUUCGCGGAUCAACCAGCGUAAUGGACUGGAUGGUGAAUGGAAAUGGCGAGCCAAUAACCCCUUCCCAGAGCAUUGGAGAACCAGAAGCCGGAUAUCAUAAGGGGUAUCUCGCUGUUGCCGAAGCGAUGCAAGCGCGACUUGCCGAAGAAGUUCGUGCGGCAGUGGGGGCACCAGGAGAUAUGGAUCUCCUUUUCACGGGCCAUUCUGCUGGUGGUGGGAUGGCACAGCUGUUCUAUGCCAUGGCAGCCUCAAAGUCAUCGAGCCGUACCAUCGCAACCGUAGUACCUAAUUUCCGACGGGUUCAUUGCAUUGUAUUUGGCACCCCACCGAUCGCUACUAUCCCCAUCCGCCCGCCAAGCCGCGACCCAUUCCAGUCAGGAAUAUUCCUGAGCAUAAUAAACGAAGGAGACCCCGUUCCACUGCUCCAGCAGGGCUACUUGUCCUGA